UUAGUACAGAGGGAAACAAUUCUAUUUUUGACAACCUUAAACCCUGCCUCUCAAGCCUCCCUCGCAGGUGUCGAAAAUGGAGGCUCUACUCAGAUUUGCCCUGAGAAGACCCCGAAAUUGCGUCUCUGCCCUUCUCCUUCUUCCCCGAGCUCGCCCCCUCCUCCCAUGGCGAUCCCUCUCCUCCCUCGCUCCCCACCCCGACACGGAGCGCUCAAUCCCCGUCAAUGGCGACGGCGUCACGAAGCUCGCCCACCUCCUCGAGCUCGGCCGCUUCCACGCCGCCCUAUCCCUAGCGAAAACCCUGGUCUCCUCCCCCCAGUCCCCAACCCCAACCCCUCUCCACCUCUACGACUCCCUCGCCUUCGCCCUCUCCUCCUCCUCCGCCGCCCUCUUCUCCGCCGCGAGCGCCCUCGUCGCCGCGUGCGCCCACCUCAAGCUCGCCGACGACGGCCUCCGCCUCCUCUUCCAUGUCGCCGGAGCCCGCCGCCCCUUCCCUUCCCUCUCCUCCUGUAACCUCUUCCUCGAAACCCUAGUCUCCCUCGGCCGCUACGACGAUGUCGGCGUCGUCUUCGCCCAAAUCGUCGCCUCGGGGACGCGCCCCGACACCUUCGCCUACAACAAGUACAUCCAAUCCAAAGUGAAGCUGCGGGAUCUCGAUGGCGCUCUGCAGCUUUUGGAUCGAAUGAAGGAAGAGGGAGUAAACCCCGACACUUUCUCUUACAACGUUUUGAUCUCGGGGGCGUGGAAGGAGCGGCGAGCGGAUGAUGCAGUGCGGCUGUUCGAUGAAAUGCUCGAGAGAAAAAUUCCGGCUAAACACAUCACGUACAACACGAUGAUUGAUGGGUUUACUAAAAUCGGCGACAUGGACGCAGCUUUUGGGGUCCGGGAUCGGAUGUUGCGUGCGGGACUUAAACCGAACACGAUCACGUACAAUGCGUUGAUUUACGGGCUUUGCCGCGCUGGGCGGGUAGACGAGACUGGAACUUUGCUGAAAGAGAUGGAGGGGAAUGGAAUGGUCCCGGACGGAUUCACUUACAGCAUUUUGCUCGACGGUCAUGCGAAAUGUGGCGAUUCGGAAGCCUCGCUUUCUCUUUUCGAGGAAUCUGUGAAGAAGGGUGUGAGAAUUGGCGAUUACUCUUGUAGUAUUCUGCUGAAUGGUCUUUGCAAGGAUGGGAAGGUCGCGAAGGCACGAGAAGUGUUGGGGAGGUUAGUGGAGAAGGGGAUGGCUCCGACUACCGUGAUCUAUAAUACAAUUGUGGAUGGGUAUUGUCGGAUUGCGGACAUAGAGGGUGCAUUAUCAGUGAUGCAGGAGAUGGAGUCGUGCGGACUAAGACCCGACUGCAUUACUUACAAUUCGCUCAUAAAUGGGUUAUGUAAGUUGGAGAGAUUUGAUGAUGCAGAAGAGUUGUUGAGAGAGAUGGAGAAGAAAGGAGUAGCCCCAACUGUAGAGACCUUCAACAAUUUGAUUGACUCCUUCGGGCGGGCCGGGAAGCUAGAGAAGAGUUUCAAGUUUCUUGAUGAUAUGCAAGAGAAUUUUGGUAUAAAGCCGAAUGCUGUUUCUUUCGGCUCUCUCGUGAAUGCCUUGUGUAAAAUGGGGAAGAUUUUCGAGGCAGAAGCAGUAUUCAAUAACAUGAUCGAUAGAGGAAUAUCACCCAAUGUGCGAGUUUACAACAUGCUCGUCGAUGCGAAUGCUGAAACUGGCGAUAUCUCAAAAGCUUUUAGGUUGGUUGAGGACACGAAGAGAAGAGGGGUCUCUCCAAGUAUCGUAACUUAUAAUUCUCUCAUAAAAGGUCUUUGUAGAGAAGGCCGCUUAUCUGAAGCUGAGGAAAUGGCAGGCCGGCUAGGAGACGAAGGUUUGAAACCCGAUGUAAUAACAUAUAAUAUACUGAUCUCCACAUGCUGCAAUACUGGCAACACUAGUAAAGCUUUCGAGCUAUAUGAAGAGAUGGAAAGAUUAGGCAUCAGACCGACAGUAAAGACGUACUUCGCGCUAAUUAAUGCUAUGGUUACCGAAGAUAGGAUGCAAGAUUUUGACAAAUUAUAUCAGGAGAUGUUGGAAAGAAAAGUCACCCCUGAUAGUGGCAUUUACAAGAUGCUGUUGCGCGGGUAUAAAAAAUGGGGCGAUGAAAGCAAGGUACUUGAUGUGCAGCAGCAGAUGAUAGACAGAGGAAUUCCACUUGAUUAGAUGGUAUGAAAUAGGUUCACAGCCGCUGAGGCUUGCAAUUCCAAUGCGAAAAACAAUUGAAUAAGCAAAUAGAAGUGCAGAAGGUUGCCUCUGCGGAUAAUGUGGCAGACCCGCUGACUAAGGCGUUGACACAGCAGAAGCUUGAGACUCAUCUUGAGAAGAUGACGUAGUCUGUUAUACAGGUCGGAUGAUUGCACUGUAAUCUACACCAAUGUACUAGGAACAAAAUAAUUGCAUAACUGCAUGCAUGGAGGUAAUUGUGAAGUAUUUGAUAGAAUUGAAUGGCAAAGUAAAGCUCAUUUGGCACUUUGUUGGUCUAACAAUUAAGUGCCAGACUACAGGUUCAACCUGGUUAGAGUGAUUAACAGGUUCAUGCAGAGCAAUUCAUGUGUAAGCUCUUCCUACAAGAGUACACUCAAAGAUCUUCCAUUCCUUUCUCACGGUAUCAAGCCCUUAAACAUAGAGCACAGUCGGAUUGGAUUUUAGAGCACAGUCGGAUUGGAUUUUCACGUUGAUUAUCAUAUACUUACAUCAGCUUACGCAUUGAUCAUGGAAAAGAAGUUGACGAGAUGCAGCAAAACUUGUCAUUAAGGAAAAAAGAACGAAGCAUGAAGACUUUCGCCAGAUUCACAAGCUUCGUGCUCACACGUAUAUACGGAGACUGACUGUGUUGCUCUAUAGGGAACUUAUAUGUUGGCAUUUCAUUGACAACUCCAUACUACUGCUCCUUUAUUGGCCUUUUGGUGUGCUUUCGCUUUCAAUGUGAAAAUAGCUUUAUAUAUCAAUGCCGUCACCAUCUUUCUUAAGAAUUUUGGAGAUUGUAUGCCAUCAAGUUUUCUUAACUGCCCUUAUAGCGGGACUGCCGCAUGACAGGGAAUAUAUUUCUCACACUUCUCUGUCAGCUACAAAGUCUAAUGUUUGAGUGUUAAUCUGUAAGCUGAUGGAAGUAUACUGUUACAUUUCCACAUGGCAAGCAAUCAUGUGAUGACAACAUUUAGAGAACUUGGCAGAAAAUUCAGGCAUGGCGGCUGAUUGAAGUAUAUCGUUUGUUCACGUGGUAUGCCACGACUUUUUAAAUGCAGUGUGGCGUUUUGCAAUCAAGCCAAAGUUUAGGUGGAUCUAGAGCUUAUUUCCCUUUUACUAUAUGAAAUAGAAGUUGGUCCAAACUUGGGUAUUUGUUGGCCAGAUUGAUGCUUCUAUGCCUUGCAGAUCCAAGAGACAAACUGAAGAGAUGAAGAGUACUGAUAAGGUUUGCCAAUGGAAGCCCAGGGAGAAGUCUAUGAAGCUAGACCAUAAACUUUAGAGUACUUUGCUGCUUUUCCCGCUACCAUGGAUGUGAUGUUUGUAAGCAUUUGUUUACUCUCGCUUCUAAAACAACUACUCUACUUCGAAAAAUAGCAAUCCAAUGUUUAGCAAGCAACAUGUGUACAGCUUUUGCUGUGAAUGGAAGUUGGAGACCCAAUUACAAGCUCUUGCUUCUAUUGUCAGCAAGAAACUGUGUGGAGCAGUGUUAUGUUUAGCAUAUAUGUGACCUUAGUUUGUCCUUCUAAAUGGACUUACUGAUGUACCGACCAGUAAAAGAAAGUUGUAGAAUGGUGUGUUUGUAUUGCUGAAUGUUAAUCAGUUAACUAAAAAAUAAUGACUACUUACUCUUGGCCUGAGAGAUUUA